GUUAUAACCAGAACUGUGGGACAAAAUUCCCUAGUAAUGUCACUAAUGUCAUUAUGUUUAUGUGUCGUCACUGUCACUGUCACUCCGUGUCAUAAAUCAUGUUAAUUAUUGUGGGUUAAUUUUCAACAACUAUGUCUCUCGAUGACGAAAAAGACGAAGAAGGUGUCCGAAAAAUCCGAUUCAAGACUCCUGCCCGAGUGCUCUUUGCAUCCGAAAACAAAAUCGAGGAUUUGUUGCGAAAUGACAAAGAUCAGAAUGAUGUGGACUAUCCUAAAAAAGAGAGAAGCCCGUCGUUGGCUUCGUUCCUCCAGGUGGAGCUGACCCGGGACUACCUCCUCGAGCACGACGAGGAAAGAUUUUCAGCACGAAGGGAGAAAGUUUACUCGUUUAUGAGAAUUCCGAGAGAAGUCGAGAGAUUCAUGCGUUAUGGUUUUAUGCAAUGUACAGAUUCGUUUCUGUUUGUGUACACGUUUUUGCCUAUGCGGGUUUUGUUGGCGCUUUGGGCUUUAGUUACUAGACCGUUUUCGAAGUGCUUUGGAUUACAUGACAGAAGAAACAGACGUAUUUUAACCCCAGCGGAAAUUUGUGAUCUAUUGAAGGCUGUUCUUUUAAUUGUAUGUAGUACGUUUAUGUUUUCUGUUGAUACAAAUAUGUUGUAUCAUUUGAUCAAAAGUCAAUCGGUGAUCAAGUUGUAUAUUUUUUAUAAUAUGUUGGAAGUUGGUGAUAGGUUGUUUUCUGCUUUUGGACAAGAUACCAUUGACGCUUUGUUCUGGACGGCUACAGAACCAAGAGGGAGGAAAAGGGAGCAUUUGGGAGUGAUUCCACAUCUCAUAUUCGCUAUUGUAUAUGUGGUACUUCAUAGCAUUCUUGUCUUGUUUCAAGCAACUACGUUGAAUGUGGCUAUCAAUUCCAACAAUAAGGCUCUCUUGACCAUUAUGAUGUCUAAUAACUUCGUGGAGCUGAAGGGGAGCGUCUUCAAGAAAUUCGACAAGAACAAUCUAUUCCAAGUAUCCUGCAGUGACGUUCGCGAGCGUUUCCACUUGAUUGUUCUCCUCUCCAUAGUAGUUCUCCAAACAAUGCGGGAAUAUUCCUGGAAGUCAGAUCGACUCUGGGUCUUACUUCCAGACUGUUUAAUAGUACUAAUCGCUGAAAUGUUCGUCGAUUGGAUCAAACACGCAUUCAUAACCCGUUUCAAUGAACUCCAAUUAGACGUCUAUCGCGAUUACACCACCAGUCUGGCAUACGACAUGGCUCAAACUCGACAAAAACACGCCUUUUCCGAUCACUCUGAUCUCGUAGCUCGCAGAAUGGGCUUUAUUCCGCUACCACUAGGCGUAGUCAUGAUCCGAGUCCUGGCUAGCGCCGUACAUAUCAACGACUUCGCUUCGGUCAUCCUCUUCGUUUUGGCGUACUUCUGUCUGGCUUCUUUCAAGGUAUUGAACAGUCUUUUGAUCCUGGGGAAAGCGUGCGAGUUGAUAACGCAGCACAAGCAAGAGAAGGCCACGGUGCAGUCGCCGUCGAAUAAUUCCGUGAAGAGCACCACGACGACGACGGCGACGAGUCCGCUGAGGCCGCCGAUCGUGGACCAGCCUCUGAGGUCGUCUAUUUACACCAACGGUUUUCCGCCGACGGAGGUUAAAAGUGAGACGCUUCCGACGGAUUUGGGGUCGGCGGCGAUUUUCGCCAACAGCACGGUGGAUCUUAAGAACGUUAGUCUUAAUGAGGAGUUGCUGAAGGUUGAUGGGGAGGAUAUCAGGAUUGAGCCGGCGUUGCAACAAGACGAGAUUGUGACGAGGAGCUUUCCGGAUAUCAAUAGUAAGCAGUUUAGUGAAGAAGAUAAUAUUACGGGGGAUGGUUUGAAGCGUGCAGAGUCGGAGCCUUCGUUGAAUACUUGUAAUAAUGAAGAAAAUGAAUUGCCAAAGUAGGGGAUUGGUGCUAGUCUUUUCUUUUAGUUGAGUUAUUCUUUAUUCUGUGAAUAUUCCAUCCUGUUUUUAUACUUAAUUUAUCUUGUGUUGUUUUGUUGUGGACUACUAUGUGAGAGUUGCGAGUGUUAACUAUUUUCAUAUUGGAUAUUAUGAAUAAAUAUUUUUAUAUAA